CGCACGUGGGAAUCUUGUAUUCAAGAUGGCGGCGUGCCGUAUAGAAGACGUGCUUGCUGAAGCCGAAAAAGACGAGGCAGAAAGGCUGAAAAAUAUCACGGUACAUAAAGAAUUAGACGUCGAGUUUGAUAUCGGAAACUUGCUGGCGUUCGACAAGAACUCGAUAAACACUCGGGAGUUUAAACAGCAAAAUAAAGACGAGUUUUUCCGCUCACUGGCCCGGGAUAACACUCAACUCCUCAUUAAUGAGAUCUGGAAACUUCCAAGCGAGAAAGUAGAGGAGGUGAUCGUGGUCAAGCUGCCGGAUCCAGUCACCAAGUUACCCCGAGAAAAACCCGCUCCCAAGCCGAGACCUCCGACCAAAUGGGAGCAGUUCGCCAAACUCAAAGGUAUCCAGAAGAAAAAGAAGACCAAUCUGGUGUGGGAUGAAGUGCACAAGGAGUGGAAAAGGCGUUGGGGCUAUAAACGAGCCAAAGAUGACACUAAGGAAUGGCUGAUAGAGGUGCCCGAAAACGCGGAUCCAAAUGAGGACCAGUUCGCCAAAAGGAACCAGGCCAAGAAAGAGCGAGUGGCCAAGAACGAGUUUAACCGCCUGAAGAACAUCGCCAGAGCGCAGAAGCUGGAAGUGCCCGGUGUGGGACUUGCUCCAAGUGCCCAGCAGUCCAAAGCAGAGCUGGUCAAAGCUGUGCAUGUGGCCAAAAGCUCCACAGCUUCAGUGGGGAAGUUCCAGGAGCGACUUCCUAAAGAGAAGCCCCAGAGAAACACAGGCAAGAAGAGACAGUUCCAGCCUCUGAUCGGUGACUUCGCUGGAGAGAAGCAGAAGCAACUCGAGAUGCUUAAGUUGAUGGAAAGCAAGAGUCCUCGCCUGGACAUCACCAAAGCGGUGAAUAAGCAGAUGAGGGAGGAAGACAGUGAAGCUUCAGAAAGGAGGAAGGGGAAGAAGGGACGGAGAGGGACUGCACCUGGAAAAGGGAGGCGAAAUGCUCUGAGUGGUAAAGGAAAGGGGAAAGGGAAAGGAGGACCUUCCAAAGGCAAAGGACGAAAACCUGCAAUGAGACAGGGCAAACGUUAAAAUAAACUUCUAAAGCUGUAGUGAAAUCUGGGACUUUCUAUUUUGAACCUCACACACACCUGAGCCUGUUAUGAGCAUGAGCAUUCCUUGUCACUAGGGUGCUAUCAUCAAGCAUACAUCUUUUAAUACCAUUAAUAUGUACAUUUUACUUGGAAAGGUGCAUCAGUGGUCCUUAAGGAUACAUUAUGUUCCCUUUUGGGUAUUUUUGUAAAGGUAAAACAUGCAUACUAAAGGUACAAAAGAUAUCCCUGUGAUGGAAAGUCUCAGUUUGAUGCCUUUUAUUUCUGAGCAUGUGCACACCGAUAUGAUGAUGAUGAUGAUGAUGUUGCAAUAACACUUGGGGAGAAUUUUGUGGGUGUUGUCUGCAAUUCUAAGAGAAUAACCAGUAAUAAUUUUUUUUUUUUGUUUUUUGAAUGGGGAAAAAAUGCCUUUGUUUGACCCUUUUGUUAGCAAAUCAUAGCAUUUGGAAAGAUUGUAAUGUAUAUCAAAUCAUGCGAACAACUUCAUAUAUAAUGAUUUAGUGGAUUUUUUUGUAUGUUUGUUUGUUUUUUGUUUUUUUUUUGCUCUGGUGUAGUUGAAGCUUGAACAAAAUAAUAAUAGUAAAAAAUUUGGACUGGAACCAAAAUAUUCCAAUCCUGUCCUGUAUAAUUUAGUGCCAAUUUAUUAUUGGCCAGACCUUUAACAGCAGCUGGAUUUUAAAACCGGAUGCAGGAACUUUUCUGCAUGGUUGAUCCUCUUCUUAAACGACUGUGCAUCACUGCCUGAAAAGUUGUUUAUUGAUUAAGAUUCUGGGAUAUUGGAUGUGCAUUAAUUCUCAUGACAUGACUCGAAGUGCCUCGUCAUGUAGGGAUGAGUGAUAUGGCAAAAAUAGUUACUUGAAGUUGCCAUCACAAUACUCGUAUAUGUCUUACAAUAUUUAACUAGCCACAAAGAUCUUUAGGUAAAGAUACAGAAAAAUUGUGAGAGUUGGUAACUAAUUAAAUAGGUGAAAUAUUUCUCUGCGAGUAAAAUGGUGUUUUAAAUGCGCUGACAUUCUCACACUCAGGAAAGGUUCGUUUUAAUAUUAACAUAUUACAACAUUGAUAUCUUCCAGCCCUAUUGACCAGGUGUUUAAAAUGAAAAUCUGAGAAGAUUUACUUGUUCUCUUUUUUUUUUUCUUUUUUACAGUGUUGUUGGAAAUCUCAAAUAUAUUUUUGUUUCUGUAAUUACUCGAGAUGCAUAUUAAACUGUUUUAUGUGUCAUACUUGUAAUUGUUAGCUGGCAUGAGAAAACCGGAGGACUGUUUGCUGUUGGUGCCUCAGAUUCUGCCAUGUCUGCCAACACUGAUUUUGCUUUUCACAAAUGUUUUUGAAUAAAUAUUAUCAUCAACA